CCCCGCCCUAGUUUUUUAGCCCCGCCCCUAUCCCUUGCCCUGCCCUGUUGCUGUUGUGCCGACGCCGGCUGCUACCCCCGGGUGCCCACCAUGGAAGAAACGGUAGAGGAUCCUCCCACAUCCGCCAUCUUGCUGGACCACUGUCAUUUCUCUCAGGUCAUCUUUAAUAGCGUGGAGAAGUUCUACGUGCCCGGAGGGGACGUCACAUGCUAUUAUACACUCACCCAGCAGUUCAUUCCCCGCCGAAAGGACUGGAUUGGCAUCUUUAGAGUGGGAUGGAAGACGACCCGCGAGUAUUACACCUUCAUGUGGGUUACUUUGCCUGUUGACCUAAACAGCGAGUCAGCCAAACAGCAGGAAGUCCAGUUCAAAGCUUAUUACCUGCCCAAGGAUGACGAGUAUUACCAGUUCUGCUAUGUGGAUCAGGAUGGUGUGGUCCGGGGAGCCAGUAUCCCUUUCCAGUUCCGUCCCGAAAAUGAGGAGGACAUCCUGGUGGUUACCACUCAGGGCGAGGUGGAAGAAGUCGAGCAGCGCAAUAAGGAGCUUUGCAAAGAAAACCAGGAGCUGAAGGACAGCUGCGACGGCCUCCAGAAGCGGAACUCAGACAUGCAGGCUGAGCUCCACAAGACGCAGGAGGAGCUAGAAAUUCUAAAGAGCACCACUCAGAAGCUGGAACAGAAAGUGAAGGCGCAGAAGGAGAGCUGGGAGACGGAGCUGCUGCGACUGAAAGAACAAAACCAGAAGAUGUCCUCAGAAAACGAGAAGAUGGGAGUCAGAGUGGAGGAGCUCCAGGCCCAGCUGUCAACGCAAGAGAAGGAAAUGGCGAAGCUCAUUCAGGGAGAUCAAGAGAAGACAGAGCAGCUGGAGCGACUGACGGAGGAGAAGGGCCAGCUUCUUCUCACCUUAACUCAGCAGAGGGAGCACCAGAAGAAGCUGGAGCAGACAAUAGAGGAGAUGAAGCAGGAAGAAACCAGCGCCCUGAAGAGACAGCAAGCAUUAAAGGAGCCUAGGAACAAGAAAUCAGUGGAGGAGCAGUUAGUGCAAGAGGUGGAGCGCCUCCAGGCAAAGGUAGAGACCGGCAAAGCCUGUUUCUUAGAGAAGUACAAAGAGUGUCAACGGCUCCACAAGCAGAUCAGGCAACUCAGGGCUGCCGCACUGGAAGUGAAGCAGGACCAGAAAGGCCAGCAAGAGGCACUGGGGCCGGGGAGCCGGGAGCCAGCAGUGAGCGCUGUCGUCGGGAGACGGGAGGUGCUGACGCAAGCCUGCGAGUCUGGGGGUGUGAGCACGGCAUGUCGGCCCAUCACACCCGGAAGCCCCGGACCGCCGCCUGGGCUCCCGCUUUUGAAGAGGGAGAACAACAGAUUGCUGAGUUACAUGGGGCUGGAUUUUGACUCUUUGUCGUAUCAAGUGCCUACUUCAGAUCAAGGAGAUGCAGGACGAAACCCAGCACUUGUCUACGGAAACCCCUAUUCCGGUAUCCAGGAGAGUUCUGCCCCAGGCCUGCUCACCAUCAGGAAGUGCCCCACCUGCAAAUCCGACUUCGCCGAUGACAUUCUCGAUCCCGCCGCCGAGCAGCAGCACCUGCAGCCCCUUUGUCUGAAUUGUCCGAUUUGUGACAAGACCUUCCCAGCCAAAGACAAGCAGAUCUUCGAAGACCACGUGUUCUGCCACAGUCUCUAAGCGUCCCGGCCUCUUGGCUCUGUACGUCCCUAGAUUUUUAUAUAGUGUAGAACCUAGAGCUUCUACUUAGAGUGAUGACCCAAGACCCCGCCUAACAUGAUGAGAUUAGGGACUUCUUGGUCCCGCUGCCCUCAGGGUGGAGUCACACCAUGAUUCCGUGGUGAGGGCUGUCACGUCCAACCUCGUGGGUGACUGCCACCUUUUUUAAGUCCUGUAACUAGCUGUGUCCUGCUCACUGCUGGCGCCCCGCCUUCCGCGCCCCGCCUCCAGCACAGAGGAGGCUCCCUCCACAAGCAGGCUUGACUCAGUACCAAGUGAUCCAUUUUCCGGGCUGUCCCAGUGCCCUUCAAGGUCAGGCCUGAGGGUUCUUGCACUCAGUUCUGAGUGUGAAGCCUGCAGCCAGCGAUUGGGCACAGCUUGAGAAUUUCUUCCUCCCCCCUCCUCGGGUCUCUCUCUCUCUCUCUCUCCCACUGAUGGCAGUAAACUUGCCAAAAAUGGUCACCGCAAAGAACUCGGUCAUCCAGUUUGGAGACCAAAGGUUCCAACAGCCCCCAGCAGAAGCAUCUUAUUCCUGAGCCCUGGACACAAAAUAUUAUUUCAGUCACAGAACGCCUUCUUUCCCUCCGGAUACCUCUGUUUGGCCUUUUCUACUCUUUGAUCUUUCCUACGCACGUAACUCUCCUGGUUGUAAAUCCUUUCGUAACGAUUAGCAGGACUUGUUAGAAACAGUCUGGUUUUGCAGCUUUCUGUGCAGGUGAGUUUUGAAUAUGGCGAACUCCGAAUAACGAGAGCUAUUAAUCUCUUUAAUACUAAAAAUAAACGAGUCCUCUGUUUCAGGGACGUUGGUAACUUAAA